AUGCUUUGGCAAAUAUUUGGAGGAAUAAUGAAUUAUCAUGAAAAGGGAUUGAUUCAUGGAAAUAUUCAUGGAGGCAAUAUAUUGGUUGAAGUUAAACAAGAUUUGUUUGAAAAUAUUGAUAUACCAGAAAUUGGGUCAUAUUCAAUUGAUAGGAAAAAUUCAAACGAAAUAUAUGGAGAUCUUCCUUAUAUUGCUCCCGAGGUCUUGCAAGGAAAACCGCUAACGGAGGCCGCAGAUAUUUAUAGUUUUGGAAUGAUCAUGUGGACAAUUUCCGCAGGGGUUCUCCCAUGGUGUAAUAGAACACAUGAUUCUCAAUUGUUUAAUGAAAUUACUUCUGGUGAAAUUAGAACUCCAAAAGUUUAUACUCACUUAAUGACACGAUGUUGGGAUGAUGACCCCUCAAGUCGUCCAAAUACAUCUGAAUUAUAUGGUGAGUUGGAAACUUGGGUUAGCGCAAUUGAUGACGCUGAUCCAUCGGAAUUAUUAGAAGAGCUUUCAAACUUAGAAAGAAGUAAAUUUGAUCGACAGACGAUCCAUUCUGAAGCGUUUUAUACAAGCAGAUUCCUAAAAUUUAGAUGA